UCUUUCUCUCACCUAAAUCAAAAGGGGUUUGUUCUGAUCAAUUGAACAGCCAAAAAAAAAAAAAGCGAAUCCAUAGAAUCUAAACCAAAAAUUUCAUAUUUUUUUUUAUCUUGGGAAGAUCAGGAAACCCAGUUAUUGUGAAAUUUCGUUAAGAUCAGUGGACGAAAUCUCAAUUUAUCUGCCGUUUCUGAUAAAUUCUUGGGAAAUUUUCUCUUUGUAUUUUUUCAUUUUUGUUCUUCGACGGAUAUAAACCCUAGGUAUAGAAAUGUUUCAUUAAAUCGAAUUGAAUCAAUAUGGUUAUAUAGAAUUUUGUUUGAGGUGUUAAAUUUGAAUAGACUGGGAGGGAGAAAGGCAGCAACAACAAAAACAAUGAGCUCUGAGCAAAACAACAGCACAAGCUUCCCACCAACUGAGCCAAAACUCUGCGACAACGGAUGCGGUUUCUUCGGGUCACCCUCCAACAUGAACCUUUGUUCCAAAUGUUACCGAAGCUUCCAUGCCGAGGAAGAGCAAACAGAAGUAGCAAAAGCAGCUGUCAAGAACUCAUUAAAGCUUCCAUCUUGCACUCUCAUCACCACUCCUGAGCCUAAACCAGUCUCUAUUGUUUUAACCGCUGAGCCGUCUUCAGUUCCUGUGGACGAGGCAGAGCCAUCGAAACCUGCACGGCCCAACAGGUGUUUCAGCUGUGACAAGAAGGUUGGAGUUAUGGGGUUUAAAUGCAAAUGUGGUAGCACCUUCUGCGGGAGCCAUAGGUAUCCAGAGAAGCACGAGUGUAGCUUCGAUUUUAAAGAAGUUGGACGUGAUGCAAUCGCGAAGGCGAAUCCUGUGGUUAAGGCGGAUAAAGUCCAGAGGAUUUGAAGAAAAUAACUUAUAUUAUAAAAAGUAUUUUCAGGAUUCUUCUGUCUGCAUUUGAACAGGUUGUUAUGGGGAUGUGAUCAUUGUUCGAUGUUGGGUUUCCAUGAUUCAGAUGAAGGUCUCUACUCUUGGUUUUCUCAUGAAUCAAUAUGGUUUAAUGUCAUUUGGUGUUUUUAGAUCAUCUGGCUUUGCUCGUACACUCUGUAAAAUUCAGUUUUAUUUCUGAUUCAACUCAGAAGAGAUUAAACAUUUGAUGAUCAAGCGACAGGUUAGUUCUUUCA